AGCAAGUGACACGCAGGCGAAAUGAGGGUGGGGAGGCCGCCCUCCCCCCCCCCUUUCUCGGCGGAUGGUUUCUCCCGUUCUUGAGACUCGACGGAUCUGCUUCGGGGUUUCUUUGGGACCCGUCAGAGAUUCCCGGCGCCCCUUUGUAAUCCGGCCUCCCGGAGGGCUGUAAUUCCGGCUCCCGUCGCCGUCUCGGGUUGGUGGGUGCUGAUCCGAUCCCCUGUGAAGAGGUACAUAAUUCUUCCAUUAUGUCAUUCUUGUUUGAAUGGAUCUAUAAUGGCUUCAGCAGCGUGCUGCAGUUCCUAGGAUUGUACAAGAAGUCUGGAAAAUUAGUUUUCUUGGGUUUGGAUAAUGCAGGCAAAACUACUCUUCUUCACAUGCUAAAGGAUGACCGAUUGGGUCAACAUGUUCCCACAUUAUAUCCAACAUCAGAAGAAUUAACAAUUGCAGGAAUGACUUUCACCACUUUUGACCUUGGCGGCCAUGAGCAAGCGCGGCGUGUCUGGAAGAAUUAUUUCCCAGCAAUUAAUGGGAUUGUCUUUUUAGUGGAUUGCGCAGAUCACCCUCGUCUUUUGGAAUCUAAAGUGGAGCUCAAUGCAUUAAUGACUGAUGAGACAAUAUCCAAUGUGCCAAUUCUUAUCUUGGGUAACAAGAUUGAUCGACCAGAAGCUAUCAGUGAGGAGAAACUGCGAGAGAUUUUUGGUCUUUAUGGACAGACAACAGGAAAGGGGAAUGUGCCGCUGAAGGACCUGAACACGCGUCCUAUGGAAGUGUUCAUGUGCAGUAUACUGAAGAGGCAAGGCUACGGUGAAGGUUUUCGUUGGCUGUCACAGUACAUUGACUGAUUACUGGGGAGACAGAUCUAUUCCUGGACUGAUCCUGUUCACAAAUUCCUUAUGGACUUUUCUAUUGGAACAUGGAAGACUCUCCAUCUGCAUACUGGCAACGACCAAGAGACUCCUUUCUUCAGUUACCCUACAUCACAGUGGUGAUACGAUUCUUUUCCCUGUGUCUGGGAGACAACAUUCUGUACACUGGUGCAGGUUGUCCCUUCCAGCGGCCAUUGAUUCCUAUGGAAACCAUGGCUCUUUUCAGUUACCAAUGGGAUGAGCGAGCUGGAAUGCCAAGCUCUGUGCACGGCACUCUUUGUGGCUGGAAAAGAGGACCUGUCUCACCACUGUGCCCAAUUGAUUUCAAAGAAAGCAACUAUAUUUUUUAAAAGGAAGUGUUUGAUGUAAAUGGCGUCCCUUUAGAUUUUCUUAAGUUUAACCUUCAUCCUGUUCAGGCCAGAGUCUGUUAGGAUUUUUUUUUUUUUAAGAAAAAAAAAUCUACUUAAUGGUAUUUAGGCGGUUCCCAAAUGACCGAACCAGCUAUCAUGAUAUUCAAAAUCUUUAGCAAACGAGAGAGGUGGCUUUCAUAGCCCCUGUAAGGUGGUUGCGCUGUCACAUUGCUCAAUCAUGAAGAUAGUGCUAUUGGGACUGACUUGUGCAAUGGUUUUUCUUUAACUUACAGGGAAUUUCGUGUGGGGGUGGGAGAUGGAGUACACACCGAGGCACACUUCUUUAGCCUUCCUUGUCAUGUGCAGGAGUCUGAAAUGUGGUUGACCCCUUUUUGUCCACCUCUAAAGGUUACAAUCACUUUCCUUAUUGGCAGUCUUUUUUUAUUUCUUCUUCUUCCUCUUUGCAGCACCAGCAUAAAGUUUGUCUUGGACCUACAAUACACGAUGUUCUACAUUGCAGGCAACUGCAAAAA